AUGCGCCAGUACGGCAAGGACUGGGCGGAGAAACCCAAAGAUAUGAUCACUUGGUUAAUAGAAGAUGCCCAGGGGGAAGAGCGGACAGUACGCAAUUGGGCGCUCCGGGUGUUAACCGUCAACUUUGCCGCGAUUCAUACGAGCUCUACGUCCUUCACGCACGCGUUAUUGCACCUGGCUGCAAACCCGCACUAUAUAGCACCUCUGCGCGAAGAAGUAGAGGAGAUUAUUUUGAAGGAGGGAUGGUCCAGAGCUUCUUUGCAAAAGAUGCGGAAGAUCGAUAGCUUUCUGAAAGAGUCUAUGAGGUACAACGGGCUUGGGUGCCUGUCCAUGAGCAGAAAGGCUCUGAAGCCGUUCACCUUCUCCGAUGGGACCGUCAUCCCUACUGGUACCUACGUUUUUGCUCCCCAGACAGCAACCCAUCACGAUGGCGAGUAUUAUCCUGAUCCUGAAGUCUUUGACGCCUUCAGAUUCCUCAAGGGAGGCGAGGCCAAUGGUCCUAAACAAUACCUCGUGAAUACGGCGGACGACUUCGUGCCCUUCGGGAAUGGCAAGCAUGCAUGCCCAGGCCGGUUUUUUGCCGUCAACAUCAUGAAGACAAUGUUGGCACAUGUUGUGACGACAUACGACGUGAAGCUGGAGAAGGAGGGCGAGCGACCUCCUGACAGGUGGAUUGGGCCGGCGUCUGCGCCGAACGGCUCAGCAAAGGUCUUGUUCAGGAAGCGUCAAGUGUAG